AUGGAGGAAAGGAGAUCCUCCUCAUCCUCUUCCGGAAAACCAACACAGACCAUCACCGCACCAGCUGAUGACGCCCUCGAGAGUGGUCCAUCUUCUCCUCUUCUCGUCAGAGUCUCUGUCUUCGAAACAGAGCAUGAGACCACCAAGCUUCACCACGCCCCUUCAACUUUUCUCGGAAAACCUGAUGAUACUGACUUUCCUCCGAUUAAAAGCCUUAGUGACGCUAAGUUUGUCUGCAUGGUUGAAUCAUCAAAGCUUUGGGAAAUAGCUGCACCAAUAGCCUUUAACAUUUUAUGUAACUACGGAGUUAACUCCUUCACAAGCAUUUUUGUCGGCCAUAUCGGCGAUCUCGAGCUCUCCGCCGUCGCUAUCUCUCUCUCCGUCGUCUCCAACUUCUCCUUCGGUUUCUUGUUAGGAAUGGCGAGUGCGUUGGAAACGUUAUGUGGACAAGCGUUUGGAGCGGGACAAAUAGAAAUGUUAGGAGUUUACAUGCAACGUUCUUGGCUUAUACUCAUCGGAACAUGCUUCUGCUUGCUUCCACUCUACAUCUACGCAACUCCUCUUCUCAUUCUCCUCGGCCAAGAACCCGAAAUUGCUGAAAUCUCUGGCAAAUUCACUGCUCAUAUCAUCCCUCAAGUAUUCGCCCUUGCCAUCAACUUCCCCACCAAGAAGUUUCUCCAAUCACAAAGCAAAGUAGGGAUCCUUGCAUGGAUCGGUUUCGUCGCCCUGACCCUUCACAUCUUCAUCCUCCACCUCUUUAUAAACGUUUUCAAAUGGGGACUUAACGGCGCAGCGGCUGCCUUUGUUGUCUCCGCUUGGGGAAUCGCGAUCGCGCAGCUUGUUUACGUUGUAGGGUGGUGUAAAGACGGUUGGCGAGGGCUUUCUUGGUUGGCGUUUCAAGACGUUUGGCCGUUUUUGAAACUGUCGUUUGCGUCUGCGGUUAUGCUUUGUCUUGAGAUUUGGUAUUUCAUGACUAUCAUUGUCUUAACCGGACAUCUUGAAGACCCUGUCUUAGCCGUUGGAUCUCUCUCCAUCUGUAUGAACAUUAACGGAUGGGAAGGAAUGUUGUUCAUAGGGAUCAAUGCUGCUGUAAGUGUUAGGGUGUCAAAUGAGCUAGGAUCUGGACAUCCAAGAGCUGCCAAAUACUCGGUGAUCGUAACGGUGAUAGAGUCUCUAAUCAUUGGAGUGGUGUGUGCUAUUGUAAUUCUCAUUACACGAGAUGACUUUGCAGUCAUUUUUACGGAUAGCCAAGAGAUGAGAAAGGCGGUAUCUGAUCUUGCUUACCUUCUCGGUAUAACGAUGAUUCUCAACAGUUUACAACCGGUUAUAUCCGGUGUUGCUGUGGGAGGAGGAUGGCAAGCACCGGUGGCUUAUAUCAACUUGAUUUGUUACUAUAUUUUUGGUUUACCUCUAGGGUUUCUUCUAGGUUAUAAAACCAGACUUGGCGUGCAGGGGAUUUGGAUUGGUAUGAUAUGUGGGACUAGUCUUCAGACUUUGAUCCUUGUGUACAUGAUAUACAAAACCAAUUGGAACAAAGAGGUGGAACAAGCUUCGGAGAGGAUGAAACAAUGGGGAGCUGGAUAUGAGAAAUUAGAAAAACCAGUAACUUAAAUUUUCUGUUGACGGGAUUCAGUAUACAUCUACCUGUUAACUGUAUAUACCUAAUGUAUUUUAACUGUAUAAAUCAAAUUCUUUUGGUCGUACUGUAUAAAUUUU